UCAGGCUGACAGUGUCCUACGUUGCCAGGCCAGAAGCCUGGCCGCAGCUAAGGGCAGUUUCCUGCUGUUUUGCUGACUCUGUCCCUUCAGACUGUGGGGUUUGGACAGCAACCUCUGCCUGGUCGGAUCCCUGAAGAUAAGCCCCCCCCUCCAUUUCCAGAAGUGUCCAGGAGAGAGGAGCCACUGCCAACAUGUUCAGCACCAAAAGGCUGAAGAAGAAGUCCCAGUCGGUGGAUAUUGCCUCUCAAGGCUUCCCAGCCAGCCUGAUCCCGGGGCUGUCCAUAAACAGGUCCUCACCACCUGUUGCCAGGACAACCACAUUCGAGGUGCAAGAAAACAACACGUCUAAUUCCCAGCGGCGCAGUCCACGAUGCGGCGAAUUGAAGAGAGGCUACACCAUAGAUACGGGCCAGAAGAAGACCCCCGACAAGAAGGAUGCCGGCCGCCGCAUGUCCUUCCAGCGACCCAAGGGGACCAUCGAAUAUUCUGUGGAAUCGCGGGACACUCUGAACAGCAUAGCGCUGAAGUUUGACACCACCCCCAACGAGCUGGUUCAGCUCAACAAGCUCUUCUCCAGAGCCGUGGUCCCCGGCCAGGUUCUGUAUGUUCCUGACCCCGAGUAUGUGUCCAGUGUGGGCAGCUCCCCCUCCCUCAGCCCCAUCAGCCCCCUGUCCCCCACCUCCUCAGAGGCCGACCUAGAGAAGGUGACGGACUCUGAUGGAGCUCCCCGAUCCGAGGCUCCGGCCUCAGCCCCUCCGGCCUUCUCGGCUCUGCGGCCCUCCCGCGUGGUCUCCUCCACUUCCGAGGAGGAGGAGGCGCUGACUGAGAAGUUCCUCAAAAUCAACUGCAAGUACAUCACAGAUGGCAAGGGGGCAGUAAGUGGGGUGUUGCUGGUGACACCCAACAACAUCAUGUUCGACCCUCACCGGACAGACCCCCUGGUUCAGGAACGCGGCUGUGAGGAGUAUGGUAUCAUGUGCCCCCUGGAAGAAGUGCAGUCUGCAGCCGUCUACCGGGAGAUCACCGACAGCAAGAUCCGCGAGUCUGUGCCCCCGGAUUUGGACGCUUUCUUCUCAGGACCCUCUCAGCAAGGAGAUAUCCGUCUGCGGGAGGGCUAUGAUAGCGCCAGCACAGCCCCUCGCAGCACAGAAGGCUCCCUCUCUGAGGAUGUCUUCACCGAGUCAGAGCUGUCGCCCAUCCGCGAGGAGCAGCAGUCCACUGAGGAGCUCCGUCAGGAGGACAAGUCCUCAGGCGCCUCCUCUGAGUCCGUCCAGACAGUCAGCCAUGCCCCAGCGGUGGCCGAGAGUGCCCGAGGCCCUGUUGGCGAAGCGGAGCGAAAGGAGGUGCCUAAGGCUAAGGAGGGCGGAGCAGAAGGAGAACAGAGAGGAGAGCCAGCCAGUAGCUCUGGAGAACCAGCCUGCAACACUGCCCAACCCCACACGACUCUGGGCUCCAAACAGCACAGCCAGGAGCAGCCAAGCACACCUACCAGCAGGGACCAGCAGCAGCAGCCACCCCACUGCCAGGCACAGGGUACAGGAUCCCGCACGGCCUCCCAGAGCUCCACCACUGGGGCUGCAGAGGAGACCGGUGGCCAGGAGAGUGCCCCAGAUGGGGCCAAACUCACCCGAGAGGGUACCCAGGACUCGGAGACAGAUGUGGAGGAGCUGAGGAAGAUGUGGAAGAGUCACACUAUGCAACAAGCCAAGGAACAAAGGGAAAAUGUGCAGCAGGCGCAGAAGGAGAGCGUGCCAGCUAAGGGCAGUCAGAGGCUGGGCUCUGCCGAGGGUCUGGCUGCGUCCAGGGAGAGGCGGAUGUCCAGGUCUCAUAAGUUCCUGUGCCUGCGGGUGGGCAAGGCCAUGAAGAAGACAUUUGUGUCCAAUGCCAGCGCCUCCAUGCAGCAAUACGCCCAGCGCGACCGCAAGCAUGAGUACUGGUUCUCAGUGCCCCAGGAAAGGUCGGACCACCUCUACUUGUUCUUCAUCCAGUGGAGCCCAGAGACAUUCGGGGACGGAAUGGGGAGCACGAGCCGGGAGCCCGGCUUCAUAGUGGUCAAGAAAAUCGACGAAUCCGAAGGCGGUGACGAGCAGACAGCAGCGGACCCCUCGGCCAAGGAGUGGGAGGUAGUCUCAAUGACCGAGUACCACCGCCGGAUCGAUGCGCUAAACAGUGAGGAUCUUCGUGCCCUGUGCAAACGGCUCCAGAUCACCACUAAAGAGGAGGUGAACUCCAAACAUGGCACAUCCAUCACAGCCAGCCUGGAACCAGAAACCUUCAAGCCCAACAUGACUGAACCCAGCGACCUGCUGGAGGCUGACCAGAUUGAGAAGCUGGCAAAGCAUCUCCCACCCAGAACUAUCGGCUACCCCUGGACUCUUGCCUUCAGUACAUCCAAGCAUGGCAUGAGUAUUAAAACCCUGUACAGGAUCAUGCAGGGGCAGGACUCUCCUGUGCUACUGGUCAUUAAGGACAGUGAUGGACAGGUGUUCGGGGCAUUAGCGUCCGAGCCCUUUAAAGUCAGUGAUGGAUUUUACGGUACAGGAGAAACCUUCCUCUUCAGCUUCUAUCCAGAGUUUGAGGUGUACAAAUGGACAGGUGAUAACAUGUUCUUCAUCAAAGGAGACAUGGACUCUCUAGCAUUUGGUGGAGGAAGUGGUGAGUUUGGCUUAUGGCUUGAUGGAGAUCUUUACCACGGCAGGAGUCACUCAUGCAAAACUUUUGGAAACCCAAUGCUGUCCAUGAAGGAGGAUUUCUUUGUGCAGGACAUUGAAAUCUGGUCAUUCGAGUAGGCUGCAUCUCGAGAAAGAGGAAGAAAGAAAGACAGACAGCUCCAGUCGGGAAAAGAAAGUCAACCAGACAUCCCUGCUCCCGGCCGUGUCCCAAACCUUAACGUGCAUCACUCUGGCUCCCAGGAAGCCCACUGAAGAAGCAUAAUCUCACUAUGCUUGUCGUAUGUUACUCCUGCAUUUAAUACAAAGCUUUUUUUUCUUCUAUUCGUGGUGUUACUGUGUGUGCUUCGUUCCAAACUAUGACGAGGAAGUAGAAGGUGUGCUCUAGUGAGUAGAGGAAGUCUUCGGCAAGCGUUCCGAGUCGGAUUAUGACGGACCAUCGAAGCACUCUUUUAACAUCUUAAAUGGAGAUUAUGGUGGCGUAGGUUUGGGAUGGCUACAAAAACUGCCACAGUCCAGGUAACCCGAGCCAGAGGGCGUGCCAGACCACCUUUCGGUUAGUCCGAAGCGUGUUACUAAUGCGACACAAGUUUCACUGGAGAUGGACGAGAAGAAAUAAAAGCAACUACAAACACAUUCCUGUGACCUCGGAGAUGA